AUUUCUCUAAAACAUGUGUUGUGAACAUAUGAAAGGGCUGUGUUAUAUCACUUAAAUAAUUUUCUUUUAGAGUUUCAAUAUUAGUUUAGCCAUCAUGGGCAUCUUUUUGUAAAAUCUUUUUUAAUCCGGUCAGCUGCAUAACUUGGAAACCGAUCCGUGCUGGCGAAAUGGAGGGAGAAUGGAAAAACAACGAUGGUCACAAGAAAUAGUUUUACAAAGCCUUUCAUGUUUGACCACAUCAAGUUUUUUGAUACCGGAUCUUGCGUUUGUCAAUGAAUGUAUGCAGUUUGUCGGAACGAAAUGCCAAGAAAACUCACACUGAAGGAAAUGUACAGUCUAAAAGACCUAGGCCAAUCUGAGGAGGACAUGCGGGAGCUACACAGGACUUUGAGUGAGCUAGCGUUGACUGAACGGUAUCAACGAGCUCUUCAAGCUGCAGCAGGAAGAGGAGCUCGACGUAAAGACAAUGCUAACCCAAAAGGAAAAAGGAAACUAGAAACACGCCUGGACGCAGUAGACAUUGCUGCCGAUUUUGAUUCUGAAUUAGGCCGAUCGACAAGCCCCGACAGGAACCAGCUUCUCUGCUCAGGGGAUACGGAUAGAAUUGACAGGAGCAGACCAAAACAGUUAAGGUUUGCCGAUGUGGUUGACGUUGUCUAUUACUGUGAGUUCAACAACAACGCGACAGUGAGGAGGUGUCGUGAACCUCUGGCGGACGAGAACGACCAGCAGGCCAGAUCGUACCGAAAGAGGUUCAUCACUUCGCCUGACAAGGAUUUUCUGCUGCUCUGUCAGAGCCUGUCACCGCCGCACUUGCGCGGUAUAUACAGUUACGGGCUGCUGAACCGAGACCAGGAACUGACCAGGGUGGAGAGAGACCUCGUGAAAAAGAAACGCAGGCCGCUGUACGACCUGUUCCGGAAGUAGGAUGGCCGCCGGAUGCCCGGAUUUGAAAAAAACCUGCCUCUCUUUCCUACUUUUUAAACUUCUGAAAUAGAAACAAAUUACUUUUGCCAAUGUUUA